AUGGGCGAUCUUGCUGAUGCGUUCCCGAUAACUUAUCAUCAGGAUGUGGUGCUUGACAGUUACUUCCAUGACGAAGGAAAAUACAUCGAAAUCCUGAAGAAGAUGUCUCCAGAGCUGACAACAUUCCAGACUGAAGAGGAGACGGAGGUAGAUGACAAGGACAGUCACUCCGACUGCCCGACUGAAUCUUGUCUCCAUCAUGAGACUGUUAUGGACCACAAAGGCUUUUCCCAAGUCAAGUUUCCUUCUGCAAAAUGGGCGUGCAUCAAAGCCCCCAAGUGCAGUCGUAGAGAAGGCCGCCUUGCUCUCCACGCAUUGGUUCGCUACUUCGAUGGUCACAACGCUGAGGAAGUGAAGAUCGUAGCGCCUCCAGAACCAUUAGUCCUUCAGUGUCUUCAGGAGAAAGGGUACUGUAGUGAUCCGUCUUGUGAUGAAAAGGCACUGAUGUGCCAUCCACUUCCACCUGACUACAUGGACAAGGAUGCCCCUGUGCCAGUCAAUGAACAGAUUACCAUAGAGGAGGACCCCAUCCCCGAACUUUACGUCACCAAGGUGGAGGGUGCAGGCUUGGUCGCCAACCGGAAUAUGGAGAAGACGGUUCGAACCCUCUAUGGCACUCUUGUGAAGAAAGGGAUGUCUUUUCAGAAGGACUCUCCGGUUCUGUUUAAGUACGGUUCCUUCCUCAACCCAUCGUGGGAAGGUGCGGUGUACGCUGGGUUCCCGAAGAUGGGCGAGGACAGCUCUGAGUAGACAAACCGACGUGAAGUGCGUGACAGGAUACUGAUAACUAGUAACCAAUACAGUUUAUUGAUAAGUAAUAACCAAUACGGUUUACUGAUACUUAAUAACCAAUACAGUUUACUGAUAACUAAUAACCAAUACAGUUUAAUGAUAACUAAUAACCAAUACAGUAUUCUGAUAACUACUAACCAAUACAGUUUACUGAUAACUAAUAACCAAUACAGUUUACUGAUAACUAAUAACCAAUACAGUUUAAUGAUAACUAAUAACCAAUACAGUAUUCUGAUAACUACUAACCAAUACAGUAUUCUGAUAACUACUAACCAAUACAGUUUACUGAUAACUAAUAAACAAUACAGCUUACUGAUAACUAAUAACCAAUACUGUUUACUGAUAACUAAUAACCAAUACAGUUUACUGAUAACUACUAACCAAUACAGUUUACUGAUAACCAAUACAGUUUACUGACAACUAAUAACCAAUACAGUUUACUGAUAACUACUAACCAAUACAGUUUACUGAUAACCAAUACAGUUUACUGACAACUAAUAACCAAUACAGUUUACUGAUAACUUAUAAACAAUACAGUUUACUGAUAACUAAUAAACAGUACAGUGUACUGAUAACUACUAACCAAUAGAGUUAGACAUUUUCUAGCGUUACCUUUGAUUCACUGGGGAUCACUAUUCAGUACCAAUACACUGUCUGCGUAAACAAGUCUUGAAAGAAUCCAACUAGUCCUCAAAAUGACUUUUUAAACACCGCUCUUUGCUGAAGAGCAGCAAUUACAUCAGUGUAGGUAACCAAGAAAUGUUAUUUGCAAAACACUUGAAUGCAGUUAUGAUGAAUAAAAAUAGAUAUUGAAUUA